ACCCCCAGCGCCUGCGGACUUCGGGCUUGUUGUGGCAGUGACGCGGCGGAGCAGCCGGCAGAGCCGAGCGGCAAAUGAGUCAGCAGCGCCGAGAACAUCACUGUUUUCUGAUGCGGCAGUAAAAACAAGCUCUGUCGGUGACACUUUAAGCGUUGGUUAACAGAUUAUCAGUUAAAAUGGCGGUACCCGCAGCCCAGAAUCUGCAGCUGAACGCGGGGAGGCGAAGCAGCCCUGUGAGCUCUUCAGAAAAUAACAUUCACAUCGACGAGAAAGAAUUGGAAAACAUCACAAACACCGUCGAGGACGGGACUUCACUCCCUCUCCAUUCUCCAUGGACCUUCUGGCUCGAUAGGUCUUUACCAGGGACAACAGCAGCAGAGUGUGAAUCAAAUCUGAAAAAGAUCUACACAGUACACACUGUUCAGAGUUUCUGGAGUGUGUACAACAACAUCCCUCCAGUGUCAUGUCUCCCACUGAGGUGUAGCUACCACUUAAUGCGAGGAGAAAGAAGACCACUAUGGGAGGAGGAAAGUAAUGCAAAAGGUGGUGUGUGGAAGAUGAAAGUACCAAAGGAGAGCACAUUAGCUGUAUGGAAAGAGUUACUGCUGGCUACUAUUGGUGAACAAUUUGCUGACUAUUGUGCAUCAGAGGAUGAAGUUGUUGGUGUAAGUGUCAGUGUGAGGGACAGAGAGGACGUGGUUCAGGUUUGGAACGGAAAUGCAUCUUUUGCUAAUGAGGCAAACGUUUUAGGAAGAAUCUAUGAGCUCCUUCCACAGAUAUCUUUUAAAGCAGUAUUUUAUAAACCGCACGAGGAGCACCAUGCAUUUGAAGGUGGUCGUUCAAGACAUUAGCAGACUUUGCACAUUCAGUGUCUCCUUUCACUGUCUCAUUCUUCAGCCGUCCUUGGAAAAUGGACUGAAAAAAAAAUCACACCUGAUCAGGAGUGUUUAACUGCUUUACCUUGCAGGAACUGAAGUAGGUUAUGUUACAGAUCAGUUCUAAUUUUAGGUAUUUUAAACUUUAGGCUACAGAAAAUCUCUGUGGCUAAUAACGGAAAUGCGGUCUUGGCUAAUAACGUUCUCACAAGAUGAUAUUAGGCAAUAUCUAUAUAGUUCACAUGGAAGUGGAAUACGUUUAUCACAAUAGAGCAAUGUUGCCAUGAACUUUUUUUUUCAAUUAAAUGUUACCCAGUGACACAAUUGCUGCUUUUCCCUGUGUUAGCCGUGUUAGAAACGUGACAUUUACUCAAUCACAAAAAUCUGGCGCCAUUUAGGUUAGAGAGUAGUACCUGAGCUCUUAUGUUUUAUGCGAACAUGUUGCACAUUUUUGGAGAUUUUUUUUUUUUUGUGCUUCAGCCUGAGAUGUAAUCCAGUUACUUUCUGUUUUCAUUUUUUUUUCCUUUCCAGGCACCUUUUUUUGUUAAUUGGAUUCGAGAUGAAAUUUAACGUUUUGUAUUUACGUCAUUCUUGUCCUUGUCAGUAGUCCUGUGUGGGAGUUUGGUGUGUAAUGCAGUAAGAAAUAUUUCAUAGUUUGAAAUUACUAAUCUAGAAAGAACUAGGACAAUUUUGUAGUACUUUAUGCACUUAUUUGACAGCCCUCUCUUUAGCCAUACUGUACAAUUGGUGACUUUCUGAAUUUUGUUUGGUACUGUGUCAUGUUUAAAAAGGGCAGGAGUUCAUGUACUGUCCAGUUAUGAAACUGAUAAAUAUCUGUGUAAACUUUUAAGUGGAUUGAAUGGAUGUUUAGUUUUUCUGCACCAAAGAGAUUCCGCCCUUCAGCUCUCAUGUUGUAAUUUCUGAACAUGUAAAAGCGCCACUCCUCAUGUCUGAUGUGAUGUUUAGAAGUGCACAUUAGAAGCAAUAGCUGCAGCCUUGCCAUAAAUGUAGUCAAGUCUAAGCAGUGUUUACUCGUCUUUUUAGACAUUUCAUCUAGUUUUAGAUCAGCUUCGAUCUUAGUGUGAGCUAUAUUUUUAACAUCAAUUUGUCAAAUCAAAAAAAAAAACUAACUACAAGAAGACCUGGGACUAAAUUCUGACCUGGGUCACUAAUGUGAAAAUGCACUGGAAAGCACAAUUGUGGGUUUGUCCUUCUAAUGGGCAUGUAUGUUGAAGCAGAUAUGCGCAUGCAGCUGACUUUUCAUAUGUACUAUAAAUCUUUUUAUGAAACACAAUUACAGAAAUUGAUAUGUUUAUUUUUCUGAGCAUUCUUGUCGGUUAAUUCAGGGCCCCAGUCAGGAUGCGAGACCUCAAAUGGAUUGUUAAUCUUCUGGAAUGGUGCCUUGUGUUCUCCAGGGUUUCACUCAUAGAAUAUUCUGGUUUAUCUUUAUGUAUUUAAUCAGUUAUAAUGUAAAUUGAUUUUUUUUUUUUGCUUAUAGGUUUUGAGAUAUUGAAUAAAGAUGCAUUUUUGAGGACAUUGAAAA